UAUAUAUAUAAACACAUAUAAUAACAAAUGUGUGUGUGCUGAUGUCUAAUGUGCAGCAGGAGUGGUGUGAGCUGAUCUGAGAGCAGCUCUGGUCAGAUAAUCUGCAGUAAUCUGUUAAUCCUCCGGUCCCUCCGUCUCUCUCUCUCAGUCCCUCUGGCUGCAGGAUGAGGUCUGCUGGUUCUUCUGGUUCUGCUGGUUCUCCUGAGGCUCCUGGAGGGUUCCUGGUGCUGCCGUGGCCUGGACGCUCCGACCCGGAGGCCCCGGCUGUGGAGGAGGGCCGGGGGCCGCUGCUGUGGGGAGGAGCUCUGCUGGGACUCACUCUCAUCUGUGUGGCGGUGCUCCGUAGGUGGAUCUCUGGUGGAGUUUGUCGCUGCUCGACUCGUCUGGACGGUAAAACGGUUCUGAUCACCGGAGCAAACACCGGCAUCGGCAAAGAGACGAGCAGGGAGCUGGCACGCCGAGGGGCCCGGGUGGUGAUGGCGUGCAGGGACCUGAGCCGGGCGGAGACAGCGGCGGAGGAGAUCCGGCAGUCGACAGGAAACGGUAACGUGGUGAUCAGACACCUGGACCUGUCGUCCCUCUACUCCGUCAGGACCUUCGCCAGAGACUUCCUGGACUCAGAGGACAGACUGGACAUCCUUGUCAACAACGCAGGGGUGAUGAUGUGUCCUCUCUGGCUGACUGAAGACGGUUUUGAGACUCAGCUGGCUGUCAAUCAUCUCGGUCACUUCCUGUUGACCAACCUGCUGCUGCCGAGGCUGAAGAGCUCCGCCCCCAGCCGCGUGGUCACCGUGUCCUCCAUCGCCCACCGCGGGGGUCGUGUGGACUUUGAGGACCUGUUCUUCAGCCGGCGGGCCUACAGUCCUCUGGAGAGCUACAGACAGAGCAAACUGGCCAACGUCCUGUUCACCAGAGAGCUGGCCCGACGCCACACAGGUAGUGGCGUGUCAGCGUUCUGCCUCCACCCCGGGGUGAUCCGGACCGAGCUGGGCCGCCACGUGUCCAGCUGGUUCCCGUUCCUCGGGGCGGUCCUCAGUCUGCCGUCGCUGCUGCUGAUGAAGACGCCGCGGCAGGGCAGCCACACCAGCGUCCACUGCAGCGUGGCGCCGGGACUGGAGGACAGGUCGGGACGCUACUUCAGUGACUGCGUGGAGCAGGAAGCGGCUCCUGAGGGGCGGGACGACGACGCCGCCAGACGCCUCUGGGACGAGAGCGCCCGAUUGGUCGGAUUAAAGGACUCAAACUGAAUGACGACCUCUGACCUCUGACCCCGCCCUGUCUGUCUGUCUGUCUGUCUGUCUGUCUCUAACCUGUCUGUCUGUUGUUUGUUUGUUUGUUUGUCUGUUUGUUUGUUUAUGAUUUAAAUCAAAUAAAAAACAAUUUGAAUCCAUCAGAUGUUUUAUUUUGAAGCAGAUGUUUUAUUUUGAAAGGUUUCAUGUGUGAUGAUGCUGACUGGAUGUUUUUCUGAAUAAAGUUUUGAUUUGUGUUUCAUAUAAAGUCUCUGAUUC